GAGAAGCGUCUCAAAGCUCUUGAGCACCAGCUAACUGAGGCCCGCCGCCGGACUUCCCAUAGUCGGGCUCGACAGGAGUCUAUCUGUGAAGAAUCACAGCAUUCCCUUCGCAAGGCCUGGCUCGCUUCGGCUCUGUCAGAUUCCAAACCAAUAGCUAACUCAAAUAGGCUGUCUGAUUGCGAGCGCAAUGCUUGGCAGGACCGUGUGGAUCGACUGUCACAGGAAGCUGAAGAGAGCAAAUCUAUUCUGGACAAAAGGACUCAGGAAGUCAACAUAGUAUUGCACACUUGA